AUGGGUCAAGCGAAACGAGUCCGCAAGUUUGGCGCUGUCAAACGCCUCAUCGGCCAAAACGACGCCCGCCUCAAGAAGAACGCUUCCAAAGCCGAAGAUGCCGCCGCCGAGGCGAAGAAGGCCGCCUCCCAGCAGGUAGUCCGCGAGGUGCCGCAGGUCUCAUCCGCGCUGUUCUUCCAGUACAACACGGCCUUGGUCCCGCCAUACAGCAUCCUGCUCGACACGAACUUCCUGUCGCAUACGGUGCAGAGGAAGCUGCCGCUGCUGGAGACGCUGAUGGACACGCUGUACGCGAACUGCAUCCCGGUGAUUACGAGUUGUGUGAUGGCGGAGCUCGAGAAACUCGGUCCCAAAUACCGCAUCGCCCUGCGCAUCGCCCGUGAUGAGCGAUGGGAGCGCCUGCAGUGCGAUCACAAGGGCAUCUACGCCGACGACUGCGUGGUGGACCGGGUCAUGAAGAGCAAGAUCUACAUUGUGGCUACCAAUGAUCGCGAGUUGAAGAGGAGGAUACGGAAGGUGCCCGGUGUCCCGAUCAUCAGCGUCGCGAGGGGCAAGUACGUGAUAGAGCGGUUGCCGGAUGCGCCUGAGAAGUAA